AAAUCAGACUUAGAUGUAGUAAAAGAAGUUAAAAUUGAACUAAUCGAGUCUUCCGUCUACAACAGUGGUACUACAAAAAAUUCUUAUAUGUGUAGCAAAGAAGAGUUAGGAAUCGUUUCAAAGAUAAAAAUCAGCGCAGCGCAGUUAACUGUAGAAGCAAAUGUUGAGUAUCAUAUUCAGGAAAAUGCAGAUGUUGAGUUAUCGCCCACUACUGAUGAGUAUCAAGAAGGCACGCAUUUUGGAAGUAAAGACGUAGUUUUCGACUAUGAUAUUAUAGAAACAGAGAGAUAUCUAGGAUAUACACCGCCAGCACCGACGCCAGUGCCUUCUAUGGCACCGCUCGCUGUACUGGAAGUCGAUAUAGUGGAUGAAGAACCCGUUAAUGAGUCUGCAGCGGCUAGACCACUAACGCCUGUAUUAAGUAACGAUGACGUUUGUCGUCGGCGUAAAAAUCGCAAUGCUACAGUUAAGAAGCUUAGCUCAUUUGAUGAACGAGAUAAAAUGAAUGAAAAGCCUACCACCUCCGCGCAAACAACAACUGAUGAAGCCGAACAUAACGCAGUAUGUCCCUGGGAAGAUGAAAACGUUAGCACCAAUGAUGGAACAUUUGUGAAGACAUAUGCUACGUUGGGAUAUUUAUGA